AUGUCGUCUUCGAUAUCACCUUUCUAUCGUCCUGGAGUAUUUCCAGCUUUAUCCUCUCGCCUCCUUACUAGUGCCUCAAAAUCUCUUCGAGCGGCAAUUCAACAACAGCUUAUACUUAAAAGUUUUUACAGUACUCCUCUACGUCUUACUGGCUUACCAUUAACCACAACCAAAGGGUUCACUUAUUUGAUAGCUGCGUCAUGGCACCCAAAAAGAAGACGAAAUUCAGUUCCUAUAACUGCUAAUAACCCUUGGUUGAAAGAGCGAAUGAAGUUUGGAAAAGUUGAUGCUGGAGAAGAUGCUUUCUUUUAUGUAGGAACAAACGAAGGAGUAGCUUUAGGAGUUGCGGAUGGUGUCGGUGGCUGGACUCAAAUGGGUAUAGAUCCAGCUACAUUUUCAUGGGCAUUAAUGGACAAUGCCGCGAGCAUUGCAAAAGAAUUUAAUUCAUAUCAACUUUCACUAUUUAAUGCACCCAAUGGAAGCACUGAUAUUUUGGAUGCAAAACAAAUAUUAAGUGGUGCAUUUGACAAUUUGAUAAAAAGUGGAAAGGUUAAAGCCGGUAGUUCUACGGCUUGUAUUCUUUCAUUAUCGAAAACAUCCGGUAUUUUGAAUGCAGCCACAUUAGGUGAUUCAGCGUACCUUCUCAUUCGUAACGGACAACUUUUAUAUGAAUCACCGUCACAACAACAUUUCUUUAAUUGCCCGUAUCAAUUAACUGUCGUUCCUGAAGAUUUUCCAAAUCAAAAGCUCUAUUUCAAAGAUAGACCUAGCGACGCUUACCAGGCUAGUCAUCAACUUCAAGAUGGGGACGUUAUUCUGUUAGCCACCGAUGGAUUCUUUGAUAAUGUAUUUACUGAAGAAGCAGUUUCUAUUGUAAACAAUGAACUUCGAGAUGUUAUUGGCCGUGAUAGGAAAAUGUGGGGCAAUGAUUAUGAAGAACUCAGAUCUCAUGUUAGAAGAUUGUCAAGAACAUUGACGAAUACAGCAAGACGUUGCUCCAUGGACUCUAAGAGAGUGAGUCCUUUCUCUCAGAGUGCCAAGAAAAGUGGAGAAAGUCGUAUUGGAGGGUAA